AAAUAAGAAACCCUUUUGUAAAAAACAAAAAGAGGUUAAUAAAAAAGACUAUACUCUUUCUGUUAUCUUUAUAAACGAGAAACCAUUGUUCUGGGUCUUGAGUCGGAUUCCAUUAUCAACGAGCAGAGGCAUCACCGUUAUGUUUCACUGGUCAAAUGCUUUCGUGGACUUGUUUUUCACAGUGAUCAACAUUUGAUUUCUGUUUGUGUACUUCAUUUUGUUACACAGGUGGGAUUUUCAAGAUGGAGAUGGGUUCAGCAAGGUGCUGUCUUGUAAAACAAGUACCAUGUUUGUCCUGGUAUACAGGAACAUUUUGUAAGAAAAAUGUUCACCAAUUUCCACAUUAUAUGGCAUCUUUGAAUUUGAAGAUGGGCCAUCAGAGAUUGAAUCAGUGUCAAGCUUCUAUUGGGAGGGAUCAUAUGAAUUAUGCGUGUCAGAGGAUGUAUUGUAUGCCUAUUAACGUGGAGGAGUCUUCAUCUCUAGAAUCAGAAAUCAGUUCUGACAAUGGAGAGUCAGCAUCUAAGGAUUCACCAGAGGAGCUUCUUGCUCAACCAUUUAGCAGUAACGAGCUGAAGGCUCUGCUGGCCGACUCUGAAAGGGCAAACCUUCUUAGAAAAUUAAGUGAAGCCAAUCAACAAAACAGGUUCCUCAAGCGGCAGUUGCACAUAAAGGAGGAAGCCUUGGUGGAAUUCAAAAGUGAACUUGCUGUAAUUGAACUUGAAAUUCAGGCAUUAGUCAAACUUGCAGAAGAAAUAGCCAAAUCUGGCAUUCCAGAGGGCUCAAGAAAGAUCAAUGGAAAAUAUAUUCAAUCUCACUUACUUUCCCGACUUGAAGCUGUAAUUGAGAAGUUGGAGGAGCAGAUCAAGGAUGUUGGUGCUGCACGGUCCAAGGAGGUUCCCUUAUUUUGGUAUGGCAUGGCAGAGAGUGUCCAAGUGAUGGGCAGCUUUGAUGGGUGGAACCAAGGAGAAUAUUUGUCUUCAGAAUAUACUGGUUCUUACACUAAGUUCUCAACCACAUUGAUGCUAAGACCUGGAAAGUAUGAAAUCAAGUUCUUGGUAGAUGGAGAGUGGCAGCUCUCUCCAGAAUAUCCAAUCAUUGGCGAAGGAUUAAUGAUAAAUAACUUGUUAAUUGUCCGGUGAAAUUCCGUGACCUAUGAGUCUUUGUAUAAUUUGUAACUAGAAUUAGAUAUACCCAACCAUUUUACAUCUGACAUUUCUUCUAAUGUGCAUCAUUUCAGUUUGCACUGGUGAGGCUUUUGUGAUAAUAAUGGUCCUUUUAGAUUUAAUGGAUUUUGCGUAUUUAGUGCA